GAAGCCUUGACCACUACUACUGAAGCACCAACAACUACCACAACUACUGAAACUCCAAGCACUACAACAACUACAGAGGCACCAACAACUACCACUACAGAAGCCUUGACCACUACUACUGAAGCACCAACAACUACCACAACUACUGAAACUCCAAGCACUACAACAACUACAGAGGCACCAACAACUACCACUACAGAAGCCUUGACCACUACUACUACUGAAGCACCAACAACUACCACAACUACUGAAACUCCAAGCACUACAACAACUACAGAGGCACCAAUAACUACCACUACAGAAGCCUUGACCACUACUACUACUGAAGCACCAACAACUACCACAACUACUGAAUCUCCAACCACAACAACAACUACACAAGCACCAACAACUACCACUACAGAAGCCUUGACCACUACUACUACUGAAGCACCAACAACUACCACAACUACUGAAACUCCAAGCACUACAACAACUACAGAGGCACCAACAACUACCACUACAGAAGCCUUGACCAUUACAACUGAAGCACCAACAACUACCACAACUACUGAAACUCCAAGCACUACAACAACAACUACAGAGGCACCAACAACUACCACUAUAGAAGCCUUGACCACUACUACUGAAGCACCAACAACUACCACAACUACUGAAACUCCAAGCACUACAACAACUACAGAGGCACCAAUAACUACCACUACAGAAGCCUUGACCACUACUACUACUGAAGCACCAACAACUACCACAACUACUGAAACUCCAAGCACUACAACAACUACAGAGGCACCAACAACUACCACUACAGAAGCCUUGACCACUACUACUACUGAAGCACCAACAACUACCACAACUACUGAAACUCCAACCACAACAACAACUACACAGGCACCAACAACUACCACCACAGAAGCCUUGACCACUACUACUGAAGCACCAACAACUACCACAACUACUGAAACUCCAAGCACUACAACAACUACAGAGGCACCAACAACUACCACUACAGAAGCCUUGACCACUACUACUGAAGCACCAACAACUACCACAACUACUGAAACUCCAAGCACUACAACAACAACUACAGAGGCACCAACAACUACCACUACAGAAGCCUUGACCACUACUACUGAAGCACCAACAACUACCACAACUACUGAAACUCCAAGCACUACAACAACUACAGAGGUACCAAUAACUACUACUACAGAAGCCUUGACCACUACUACUACUGAAGCACCAACAACUACCACAACUACUGAAACUCCAAGCACUACAACAACUACAACUACUACUGAAGCACCAACAACUACCACAACUACUGAAACUCCAAGCACUACAACAACUACAGAGGCACCAACAACUACCACUACAGAAGCCUUGACCACUACUACUGAAGCACCAACAACUACCACAACUACUGAAACUCCAAGCACUACAACAACUACACAGGCACCAACAACUACCACUACAGAAGCCUUGACCACUACUACUGAAGCACCAACAACUACCACAACUACUGAAACUCCAACCACAACAACAACUACACAGGCACCAACAACUACCACCACAGAAGCCUUGACCACUACUACUGAAGCACCAAGAAGUACCACAACUACUGAAACUCCAAGCACUACAACAAAUACAGAGGCACCAACAACUACCACUACAGAAGUCUUGACCACUACCACUACCGAAGCACCAACAACUACCACAACUACUGAAACUCCAAGCACUACAACAACUACAGAGGCACCAACAACUACCACUACAGAAGCCUUGACCACUACUACUGAAGCACCAACAACAACCACAACUACUGAAACUCCAAGCACUACAACAACUACAGAGGCACCAACAACUACCACUACAGAAGCCUUGACCACUACAACUGAAGCACCAACAACUACCACAACUACUGAAACUCCAAGCACUACAACAACAACUACAGAGGCACCAACAACUACCACUACAGAAGCCUUGACCACUACUUCUGAAGCACCAACAACUACCACAACUACUGAAACUCCAAGCACUACAACAACUACAGAGGCACCAACAACUACCACCACAGAAGCCUUGACCACUACUACUACUGAAGCACCAACAACUACCACAACUACUGAAACUCCAAGCACUACAACAACUACAGAGGCACCAACAACUACCACUACAGAAGCCUUGACCACUACUACUGAAGCACCAACAACUACCACAACUACUGAAACUCCAAGCACUACAACAACUACAGAGGCACCAACAACUACCACUACAGAAGCCUUGACCACUACUACUACUGAAGCAUCAACAACUACCACAACUACUGAAACUCCAAGCACUACAACAACUACAGAGGCACCAACAACUACCACUACAGAAGCCUUGACCACUACUACUACUGAAGCACCAACAACUACCACAACUACUGAAACUGCAAGCACUACAACAACUACACAGGCACCAACAACUACCACUACAGAAGCCUUGACCACUACUACUGAAGCACCAACAACUACCACAACUACUGAAACUCCAAGCACUACAACAACUACAGAGGCACCAACAACUACCACUAUAGAAGCCUUGACCACUACUACUACUGAAGCACCAACAACUACCACAACUACUGAAACUCCAAGCACUACAACAACAACUACACAGGCACCAACAACUACCACUACAGAAGCCUUGACCACUACUACUACUGAAGCACCAACAACUACCACAACUACUGAAACUCCAAGCAAUACAACAACUACAGAGGCACCAACAACUACCACUACAGAAGCCUUGACCACUACUACUACUGAAGCACCAACAACUACCACAACUACUGAAACUCCAAGCACUACAACAACUACAGAGGCACCAACAACUACCACUACAGAAGCCUUGACCACUACAACUGAAGCACCAACAACUACCACAACUACUGAAACUCCAAGCACUACAACAACAACUACAGAGGCACCAACAACUACCACUACAGAAGCCUUGACCACUACUACUGAAGCACCAACAACUACCACAACUACUGAAACUCCAAGCACUAAAACAACUACAGAGGCACCAAUAACUACCACUACAGAAGCCUUGACCACUACUACUACUGAAGCACCAACAACUACCACAACUACUGAAACUCCAAGCACUACAACAACUACAGAGGCACCAACAACUACCACUACAGAAGCCUUGACCACUACUACUACUGAAGCACCAACAACUACCACAACUACUGAAACUCCAACCGCAACAACAACUACACAGGCACCAACAGCUACCACCACAGAAGCCUUGACAACUACUACUGAAGCACCAACAACUACCACAACUACUGAAACUCCAAGCACUACAACAACUACACAGGCACCAACAACUACCACUACAGAAGCCUUGACCACUACUACUACUGAAGCACCAACAACUACCACAACUACUGAAACUCCAAGCACUACAACAACUACAGAGGCACCAACAACUACCACUACAGAAGCCUUGACCACUACAACUGAAGCACCAACAACUACCACAACUACUGAAACUCCAAGCACUACAACAACAACUACAGAGGCACCAACAACUACCACUACAGAAGCCUUGACCACUACUACUGAAGCACCAACAACUACCACAACUACUGAAACUCCAAGCACUACAACAACUACAGAGGCACCAACAACUACCACUACAGAAGCCUUGACCACUACUACUACUGAAGCACCAACAACUACCACAACUACUGAAACUCCAACCACAACAACAACUACAGAGGCACCAACAACUACCACCACAGAAGCCUUGACCACUACUACU